AUGUCCGAAACCACCUACCUCAUCACCGGUGCCAACCGAGGAAUCGGUAAAGGUCUCCUCACCACACUCGUUUCCCGCCCAAACACCACCAUCAUCGCCGCCGUACGCACUCUCUCCUCCUCCCUCCCCAUCUUCUCCACCAUCCCCCUCGGCCAAAACAGCAAAAUCAUACCCAUAAAAAUCGAUUCCAACUCCGAAACCGACCCCCUUACCGCCGUCUCCGAGCUCAAAUCCGCACACGGAAUCACCAAACUCGAUGUCCUCAUCUCCAAUGCUGGAAUGAUGGAAUCUGAUGCCAUCGUCCCGGUUUUGGAAUCCUCGCCGGAAUCAAUUCGGAGACAUAUCGAUGUUAAUACUAUUGCACCUUUGUUACUAUUUCAAGCAUUUCAUCCGCUUCUUCUCGCUUCCGAGUAUCCGCGUUUCUUUACUAUUUCUUCGUUGUUGGGUUCGAUUGCUGGGUGUGAGAAGGUUAGGGUACCGUUUGCUUCUUAUGGGAUGAGUAAAGCGGCGGUGAAUUAUAUGGUGAGGAAGAUUUCGUUCGAGGUGCCGGAGGUGACGAGUGUGGUUUUUAAUCCUGGGUGGGUCAAGACGGAUAUGGGAAAUGAGGCGGCGAGGGGAGUGGGGAUGGGAGAGGCGCCUACGGCGUUUGAGGAUUGUAUUGAGCAGUUGGUGAGGUUGUUUGAUGGGGUGAAGAAGGAACAGUCAGGGAGUUUCUUGGAUGCGGCGACGGGCGAGGUCUGUGCUUGGUAG